AUGAAACUCUUAAGUUGGAAUGCACGGGGUUUGUGGAGCUCUAGUGCAUUUCGUCGUCUUCGAUUGCUUGUCCGUGAGCAAUCUCCUCAGGUGUUAUUUCUCAUGGAAACUAAGUUAUGUGAUGGUGCUCUUUCUCGUUUUAAGGAUCUUUUAAAUUUUAGUAAUGGAUUAGAAGUUGCUCGGGUAGGAUUGAAAGGGGGAUUAAUGUUAUUGUGGCAAGAUGUUGUUGAUGUAACUCUUUUAUCAAUGAAUACAAAUCAUUUUGAUUGUUAUCUCUUGUUUGAUGAUGGUCCUCGUUGGCAUUUCUCGGCUAUUUAUGGGUUUCCUGAAGCUGUUAAUAAAAAACAUACUUGGAAAUUAAUAAAGAGGUUGGCUGAUGUCUCACCACUUGAUCCGUGGCUAUUAAUAGGGGACAUAAAUGAAAUUUUCUCAAAUGAACAUAAAAACGGUGGUCCCUUACGAGAUGAUAAUCAAAUGCAAGCUUUUAGAACAACCUUGGACCAAUGUUUUUUGGCUGAAAUACCUGCUGCUGAGGAUGAAUUCACGUGGGCAAAAAAUAGAAAAAAAGUGGCUGGUUUAAAAGAAAGAUUGGACUGGUGUUUCAUUAAUCAUGUUUGGAGGGAUACUCUUGCUUGGCCUAAAUUAACACAUCUUGAUUACUAUGGUUCGGAUCAUCGAGUUUUAUUGGCUAAUAUUGAUUUCAAUCCAACACAACCUGUCCAAGCUCCAAGGAAAACUCGUUUUCGCUUUGAACAAUUCUGGUUGAAGGAUAAGGAGUGUGCUGAAAUAAUUUCUAGUUCAUGGUGUCAUAAUUCAGAUUCAGAUUCAGCCACUCAGUUGGUGUCUUCUUUAAGUGAUUGUGCUAAUAAUCUUCAACAAUGGCAUUCUAGGAAGUUUGGUAAGAUGAAACAAGAUAUCAAGCAUGCUCAACAAGUUGUACAUGGGCUGAAUACUGCUGUAAAUUCAGACCCCGAUUUCCAUUCAAAAAUCCAUUCAGCUGAAACUAUUUUGGAUGAAUUGUUGGUUAAUGAGGAGCAAUAUUGGCAACAACGUUCGAGGGUUGAUUGGCUCCAAUCGGGAGAUCGCAACACGAAAUUCUUUCACUCUAAAGCUUCAGCUAGACAUUCCAACAACCGAAUUAAAGCUCUUAUGGAUGAUCAUGGACAUACAGUCACAACAAAAGAUGGCAUCUCGCAACUUGUAACAGAUUAUUUUCAGCAACUAUUCACGGCUUCAAAUGAAGACCAUUGGGCUUUAACUCAUGUUCUCUCUACCAUACCAACAACCAUAUCAGAUGAGCAAAAUGAAUUUUUGUCUAAGGAAUUUACUGUCUCGGAUGUCACUGCCGCUUUGAAGACUAUUGGUUCGGAUAAAAGUCCGGGUUUGGAUGGGAUGUCUGCUAUGUUCUAUCAUCACAAUUGGGAUAUAGUGGGGGAUUUGGUGACUAAAGUGGUGUUGGAUGUCUUGAAUCAUGGAGCUAAUCCUGAAGCUUUCAAUAAGACACUCAUCACUUUGAUUCCUAAGAUCAAAAAACCAAAGCAUGAAGGAUUUUCGUCCCAUUAG